AUGGCAGUGAAGGCCACUGUGAGCCAAAUACUGGUGCAGAAAGCUGAGCUCACUCGUUUGUCCCACACCUUCCUCCAUGUUCCUCAGCUGCACUGGAUCGUGGUGGAGGACGCUCCUCAGCCGACUCCACUGGUCACAGACUUCCUGGCUGCAUCUGGCUUGACCUACACCCAUCUAUACAAGCUGACCCCCAAAGACAGGAAGCUGCAGGAGGGAGAUCCCAGCUGGCUGAAGCCCCGGGGGGCUGAGCAGAGGAACGAGGGUCUGCACUGGCUCAGGGAGAUGGGCGCUGCUGCUAAAGGAAAGGAAGCGGCUGCCCUCGAGGAGGCUGUGGUGUACUUUGCUGAUGAUGACAACACAUACAGCCUGCAGCUUUUUGAAGAGAUGCGGUACACAUACCGUGUCUCUGUGUGGCCUGUGGGUCUGGUGGGUGGGAUGAAGUUUGAGCGGCCCGUGGUGGAGGAUGGGAAGGUUGUGCGUUUCCACACUGGCUGGCGUCCCAAUCGCCCGUUCCCCAUCGACAUGGCUGGUUUUGCUGUGUCCCUGAGGUUGAUCCUGACCAAUCCCCAAGCACGGUUUGACGGUGAUGCUCAGAUGGGCUUCCUGGAAAGCAGCUUCCUUCAGCACCUGGUUACUAUGGAUGACCUUGAGCCCAAAGCAGAUCUGUGCACUAAGGUGCUGGUGUGGCACACCCGAACUGAGAAGCCGAAGAUGAAGAGGGAAGACGCUUUGCAGAAGCAAGGGUUGGGUUCAGAUCCGGAUGUGGAGGUGUAAGCACCACCUCUUCAGAACAUGCCUGAACUUCACCAAACAUCCACACUUCCAUUGUGCCAAACAGAUUCUCUUAUUUAUGGCAAGAGGUGAAAUUUGAAAGUGUGAUUUCUGAGCCACACACCAAAGACAUGAGGAAUGAGGAAAGGAAGUGAUGAAUGCAGGGAUAAAAAAAGUGCAAGAGACAGAAGCAAAGAAACCUGCAGCCUAAAAGAAAAUGGAUUCUUGCAUCCCAUAAACCAUGCUUAUCAUUGGUACACUUGAACAGUAUUUAAAGAGAAUUUUAUAUAUGGUAUCAAUAAAUAAGAUGAGCUUGUAUUUAUAGAUUAGAAGUGUAAUUGUAUAGUGUGAGGCUUGCUUGGAAUAUAUUUAUAAUGUGAACUCAUUAUGACUAUGCUGUACAUGUCUCUGUUACCUUCAGUCUAGGUGUACCUGUCUUAUGUCUUCACAUUAAGUCUUAAAGUCUAUGAUAAUUUUUUUUCUUCACUGAUAAAUGGAGGAUAUAAAUAGGUCAGAUAUGGUGUCUAUUUAUGCCAUUAACCAUCUUUGUUGAAUCACAAUGGUGUGCUUAUCUUUAAUCCAGUUGCAUGUUGGGUAUGUGGCACUGGUAAAGCUUCAGGUGACAGUGUAAAGUACAGAUGAGGUCACUUGAUCCUGUGAAACAAAGGGUGAAAACAAUUAGAAUUACUUGGGUGUCGAUGUAGAAAUGUAAAUAGUGCAAGAAUGUAGCGGACAGUUCGGUUUUAGCACAUUUUGUCAGAUUCCAUGUGAAUUGAAUUGGCCACAACUCAGAGGAAGUUGAAUAGAGUGCAAAAGUCCAAUUCUGGAAGUUGAAAAUUUAGAUUUUUAAUGAUAAUGUGUUAACUAUUAAAGACAGAUGAGACAUGCUUUUGAUGAUGCCAUCAGCCUGUAUUAUUUCAACUUAUUAAUUUUAAAUAAUCAUGUUCAACAGUGGGAUUCCUGGUGAAAACUUCAUUACCCACAAUUCUG